AUGCCUACUGAUAACAGUGAUCAAGACUCCAUGGAGAAAGGAGUAGCUACGGGCCAGGUCAAUCAUUUUUGUACUCCCGCUAGCCUUGAUCCAGUAACUUUGCAGCCGAUUAAGCCUAAUGGCAUGACCCAGGAAGAGUUUGAACGCACAUUGCCUGAUAAAAAGACGGAACGAUAUUUGGAAUAUAUUCGCGGGUUGAAGAACAGAAAGUCACCGGACGAAUUCACGUCGCAUAUCAUUGACUUGCGCCCUGACGGGUAUCCUCGCCUGGCAGAGGUCAUCGCCUGUAAAGAGGAUUUUAUGAUGUAUCGGAGGUUCGGCCAUUUGCAAGCACGACUUCUCCUCAACAAACAAGACGAAUUGCGAGCUCUCGAAAUGCGAUUAGCUCAUCUAGAUGAAUGGUUCGAGAACGAGUAUCCUGAUCGAAAUUACUCUCGCGAAAGGGCCCAUACCGAAAGUGUCGAUUACAAGGACCUUCUUGCUAUGAUUGAGAAGAAAAUAAAGGAGUACGCCGAGCUGCUAACUUUCGCACAAACUUUUGCGAAUUUCGAUCGGCCAAUGACGAGUGAUUACCUCCAAUUCAAGAAUUACCUCGAAUACAAGAUACAGCUGUGUGCGCGAGAUCAAGAUUAUAUCGCCAAGCGGGAUGACCUCAUAACCCUUAAGCCUAGUCGCGAGAAUACUUGGUUGGACACAAAAGUUGAGGGAAUACCACAGCUCAUGCCUUGUGUAUUGGCAGCUUUUACUAGAGCGAAACGACAUGAAAUCAUUGCCGCUGCAGCUGCUUACUGUGCGGUACUUGUGGUGUUUGUCGGGAAUGUUGGGCAAAUCAGUUCUAAAAACGGGGCUUGA